AUGCGCAUCGUUGCCAUUGUCACCGGGCUUGUGUCCCUAAGCAUCCUGACGGCGGCUCAGGGGGUCGGGGCCGAGGGCCCCGAUGAGUUUACUGCGCUCGGCUGCCCCGACACCACCAAACCGCAGGCCUCCCAAGCCGAACAGCUCGCCGCCUGGGACGACUUUACCAAUCUGCUCUACACCGAGAAGCGCCUCACUGACGCCUUCACCAAAUAUGUCGCGACCGGCUACAUCAAUCAUUCGCCCCUCGUGUCUGCGAACGGCAUAGAUACCACCCUGGGCGAAUUGUCAGGCAUCGUCCCCAACGUGGAUUCUCAACUGCAGCAUGUGUUUGUCGGAUGGGAUAAGAAUGGCACCGCCUAUGGAACUGCUCAUACCAAGGUUACUGGCAAUGCGACCAUGGGGAUUCCCAACUCCGCCUUGGUCGACAUGAUCCGCAUGGUGGGGACAUGUUUAGUGGAACAUUAUGACGUGCAGCAAGCCGUGGAUGGAACUGCCCCGAAUCCCAUUGCGUUCUUCUAA